AUGAAGCAGACGAAUCCCUCCAUUCCUGCCGCGGACUGGAACAUUGCAUUCCCUACCGAGGCUCUUCCAUGGCCAUCGCCAGGGCUGCGAAGAGUGUCAGUCAACUCAUUUGGAAUUGGUGGCACCAAUGCUCACUGCAUUCUUGAUGAUGCUUACCACUAUCUCAAUGACCGCCGUCUUACAGGUGCCCACCGCACCACAUCUACUGUUCCGACAAUCCAGAAAAUCAAGAGCCGGCUCUUGGCCCUGUCCCGAUCAGGGAAAGAGCCAAAUCAUCUCGUGACGGAUUCAUUCGAUGACAGCGAUCACUCUGGGAAUGGGAAUACCUUUAUGGACACACCCACAAGCGAUGGCUUUUGUGCAUCACCCACCUUCACAACAUCUACAUACACGAGCUUGGUCGAGAAACCGAAACUUUCGAUGAAGAUGGCGUCAAGCGGAAACGCAGCUGAAUUCGCCAAAUACUUGAACCGGAGAACGACGCAGUCGGUUCUCCAUGACCAUCUCCUUGAUGAUCUCUCCUUUACCCUGUCAAAGAAACGAUCCCAGUUUCCCUGGAAGAGUUUCGUCAUGGCAACCUCUGUCAAAGAACUCGCAUGGAACCUGUCGGAAUCGAAUUUUGCUAAGCCAACCAGAACCGCCAGAGUGCCAGAGGUUGAAUUUGUUUUCACUGGCCAGGGAGCUCAAUACCAGGCCAUGGGCCGAGAGCUCAUGGUCUACCCUGUUUUCCAGGAGUCCGUGGAGGAAGCAUCGGACUAUAUCCGCCGACUCGGUAGUCCGUGGUCAUUACUUGACGAGCUCUUGACUGAGAGAGAGUCACCCCGAGUCAACUUGCCCGAGAUCGCUCAUCCAUUAUGCACAGUGUUGCAAAUUGCGCUCGUGGAUCUCUUGGCCAGUUGGGAAAUCUUCCCAAAACGUGUAACGGGUCACUCAUCCGGUGAGAUAGCUGCUGCUUACUGCUCUGGCAAACUGUCCCGUGAAGGCGCCUGGAAGGUUGCAUACUACCGCGGAUACGUAUCAUCCAAGCAGCUUUCUGCAAAUGGAGCGAUGAUGGCCGUGGGUCUAGGUGCAUCGCAACUGCAGCCCUAUCUGGACUCCGUGAAGGAAAGAAACACCGGAGAACUCAUUAUCGCCUGCUGCAACAGUCCUAAGAACAACACCGUGUCUGGAGAUGACGCUAUGAUUGACUGCCUGAAGAGUCUUCUUGAUGCCGAUGGCAUCUUUGCUCGAAAGUUGAACGUCAAAAAUGCGUAUCACUCAGCCCACAUGCAUGCGAUUGCUCAGGAUUAUCUUCGCCUGAUGGGAACGCUCCCUUACGGAAGACGUCUCGCAGCUCCACAUCAGGUGCAUAUGUUCUCUACUGUCACAGGACAGCAAGUCAAAGAAGAACAUCUGCCUGCUCAGUACUGGGUGGACAAUAUGGUUUCUCCUGUUCUUUUCACAAGCGGUUUGGUUGCAAUGACCUCGAACCCAGUUUCCAGUCAUGGCUCGACCGAACCCACAGAUUUUCUGCGCCUUCUUGUGGAGAUAGGGCCUCACUCAACCCUGCAGAGUGCGAUCAAAGAGACACUGGCUUCGAAGAGCCCUAAGUUGGAAUUCAAGUACCUGGCCGUUCUUAAACGGACAGAUCACAGCCUCAACACUCUGCUCACUACAGUCGGCUUCCUAGCUUCGAGUGGAUGUGAACUGGAUUUCCAUGCUGUGAACCAAGCCCUUCGUUCUAAGGCAAAAAGGCGGCCCAGACUGUUGGUGGACCUGCCACCAUACAGCUUCAAGCAUACUGAGAAGAUUCUGUUUGAGAGUCGACUAAGCAAGAAUCUUCGAACUCGAAAGUUCCCUCGUCAUGACCUCUUUGGUGCACCAAUCACGGAUUGGAAUCCUACUGCUCCCAGAUGGAGACAUUUUGUCCGAUUGAACGAGAACCCCUGGCUAAGGGAUCAUAUGGUCACUGGCAACUACGUCUACCCUGGUGUAGGCUAUUUGAUAAUGGCAAUUGAAGCAUCGAGGCAGUUAGCAGGCGAGGAAAGGAUCACUGGUUUCCAACUACGAAAGGUCAACAUCCGAAGAGCUUUGAUUAUACCCGAUACCAAAGAAGGAAUUGAAGUCUCCUUGGCAAUGGCAACUGUCGAAGACUCGGCGUCAUCGCGAACAUGGCGGCGGUUCCAGAUAACUUCCUACAAUGCAUCGAGCAACGAGUGGACAGAACACUGUACUGGUAACAUCACCGUUGAUCAUGAAACAGCUUCUGACCCAGUGGACAAUGGUCGCGAAGCAGAAGAAGAAAGCCGAGCAUGGGAAUCCGAGCAUUUCCGCGCAAAUGAGAAAUGCACCAAAUCCAUGGCCUUUAAAUCCACAUACAACAACCUCCAAACAUCCGGCCUCAAUUUCGGUCCUCUGUUCAGAAACCUCGCAGACGUCCGCGCAAGUGGAUGUGGGCUUGGUAAGGUCGUUGGAUCAGUGACUGUUCCAGACAUUGCACAGUCCAUGCCAAAGCAAUAUUUACAUUCUCACCUCAUCCACCCUGCCACAAUGGAUAGCAUGAUCCACUUGAUGAUUGCGGCUGUUCUUGACUUUACCAGCAAGUCCACCCUGGAUCAGAUCAGAUUGCCAACUUUCAUACACGAUGUUUGGGUUUCAGCGGAUCUGAAUUCAGCCCCAACGCACAAAUUCACAGGACAUGCAAGCGUAUCUAUGGCGGGAUCUGAUAAAUUCGAGGGCCAAAUCCAAAUGCUGGAUGAGGGGACUAAUAGGCACCGCAUCCGCAUGGAUGGUAUCGAGCUCACUCCACUGGAGUCUGGUCUUGCUGAAAAUAGUGAGCGCAAACUGUGCAGCGCGAUUGAAUACAAACCCGACAUCCAUUUCCUCGACUCAGAAUCAGCUUGUGCACUGACUUCCCUCGAUGCUUCCGAUGACACUGAGGCUCUGUACUGGGUGAAACGUCUCCAGCUUGCAACGAUGCUCUACGUCAUGGAUGCACUGGAGGAAAUCGGAGACAUUCAUGUCAUGGAACUCGAUUUGCAUAUGCAAAGGUUCUUUGACUGGAUGGAGCAUGUGCAAACGAUGCUCAAGCGCGAUGAAAUAGCCCACCUUCCCUACAAUGAGUUCCUGGAGAUAGCUCAAGACGAGGCUCUCAAGGAAGCUAUUGGCAAGGAAAUCGAGGCCCACAGCGCCGAAGGCGCCAUCACAGCCCGAAUGGGUCGCAACAUCACCAAAAUUGCGCGGCAGGAGACUGAUCCGCUGCAUCUCAUGUUUGGUCAAGACGCCGUGAUGGAACAGGUGUACAAGGAAGGCCUCCAUUUGUGUAACCUGCCGCAGCAUCUCCAGACCCACUUGUCUCUCAUCCGGCACCAGCAUUCCGAGCUGAACAUCCUUGAGAUCGGUGGUGGCACUGGAAGCUUCACUGCUGAAGUCCUGGCCGUCCUCUCGCCAGACCUUGCAAAGACCAAAGGAAAUAUUGCCAGCUACACAUUCACUGACAUUUCAUCCGGCUUCUUCGAGAAAGCAAAACAGCGUUUCCAGCCAUGGUCCGAUAUCAUGAACUUCCAAUCGCUUAAUAUUGAGCGGAGCCCCGUCGACCAAGGACUCCAGCUGGGGACAUAUGACCUGAUAUUCGCUGGCAACGUCAUCCAUGCUACUGCAAACCUGCAUAACGCAUUAUCGAACCUUCGAUCGCUGUUGAAGCCGGGUGGUCAGCUCAUCAUGCAGGAAGGAAUCCGACAGGAUUUCCUCUGGUAUCCGCUUGUUUUCGGUCAGCUUCCUGGGUGGUGGCUGGGCGAUGAGCCAUGUCGUCAGUGGUGUCCCUACAUCCCGGCCGAAGAAUGGAAUCCUCUGCUGCUGAAAGCUGGAUUCUCGGGCAUCGAUGUCGAGUAUCCCAGUUCGAACGAUCCAGAUCUGACGUGGCAGAGUAUUCUGGUUUCUUCAGCCGUCAAAAUACCCACGGAGAAGCCAUCGAACACUGCGAUAAUCUUGACGCUCGGCACAUUGAAAGCCCGGCAGGUCAUCGAGAACCUCCAAGUACUUUUGCUGGAACUGGGAUACACGAGUAUUCUCGUCAAGGAGCCUAUAGAAGUGGAACAUUCCAUCCUCUCAGAUGCCCUUUGCAUCUCAUUAAUGGAUUUGGAGUCCCCUUACCUGUUCGAUAUGACCGAAGCAGAAUACGACACACUCAAGAAGAUGCUCAGCGAGUGCCAAAACCUACUGUGGGUGACCUGCAAUCCCCUCACGCAGCCACAUGCAAGUAUGAACCUCGGUCUUCUCAGAACAGUGCGCUGGGAGCGGGAUGCCGAUGGCUCAAAUAUCGUCACCCUGACAGAGGCGGAGCCAGACAUCGCUUCACCACAGAAUCUUGCUACAGCUGUUGGCAAGAUUAUCAAGCGGCAAUUCGUGGACAAGACGGAGAAUGAUCGCCACGCCGAGUACAUGUUGCAGAAUGGUUUGAUACACAUUGGCCGUUUGAACGAGUGGCAGGCUGCGGAUCAGUUCCUUGCUGGACAGUCCUCUCAGCAAGCUCCUCAGCUUCAACGACUCGGUGACUAUGAUACUCCCAUUGAGUUGCAGGAGGCUGCUGUUAGCACCGGGGAAUACUAUUGGGUCAUCGAUACGCAACAUGAAGAAUCGCACAAAGACACCGAAGUCGAGGUUGAGAUCCGGGCAAUUGGUCUUUCUUCAGAUGUCUCCGCCGGCCGCCUCGCGAAUGAGAUUGCCGGUGUUGUGAGCAAGGUCGGAUCGGAAGUCGAAGGCCCAGCCCCCGGUGACAGAGUCAUCUACAUCUCGGGCGACAAAAAGGGCGGUUGUGUCCGUACACACGGUCGAGCUGAUCAGCUGCAGCUCGUGAGAAUCCCUGACGAAAUCUCUUUCGACGUCGCAGCCGGUUUGGCUUGGGCGUAUGCGACAGCAAUCCAAGGACUCGGGGAGAUGGCUCACCUGGCACCCGAAAACACUAUCCUGAUUCACACCGGUGCAACGGAUAUCAGUCAAGCGGCGAUUCAAUAUGCCCAGAUGAUCGGAGCUACGAUCUACGCUACUGUGGCAACAGUCGAAGAACGUGAUUUGCUUGUCUCUGACUAUGGAGUCUCUAAAGAAAGUAUAUUCUCCAGGAAAGAUCUGAAAUUCGUCAAGGGUGUCAUGCGGUGCACGAACCAUACUGGUGUUGACGUCGUCUUCAACGCGCUGAGCGGCGAGGCACUCCGGGGUUCAAUGGCAUGCCUUGCUCCAUUUGGGACAUUUGUGGAUGUGUCGAAUUCAAAUCUGCGAGCUGAUACCACAGUCGAGAUGGCCUCGUUCCCUCGCAAUAUGAGCGUUUACACAGUCGACAUUCCUUUAAUGGCUCAGCAUCGACCGAAAUCUGUUCGUCUUCUGCUCACCGAGGCAAUGAGAUUGUACUCCGAAGGCAAGAUCGGCCAACUCCGGGCAACAACUGUCGUGGACUUUACACAGAUCAAAGAAGGUAUUCAAGCUGCGCAGAGCGGAGAAGCAGCAAAAGUUGUGAUUGCACCUAAUCCGUCCAACAUGGUCCCUUACCAUGUCACUUUGACCCCUGACGCCUCGUACGUUCUUGCCGGUGGUUACGGUGGCUUGGGCCGGAGCUUAGCACGAUGGAUGGCAUCUCGCGGCGCAACAAGCCUGAUUAUCCUAUCGCGCUCAUCAGCUUCGAGCAAAGAGAAGAUGGAAUUGAUUGCCGAUCUCGGCAGAAUGGGAUGCAAGGUUCAUUCGCUGGUCUGCGAUGUGGCCGACGUCUCUAGCCUCCAACAAUUGUCCGGAGAGGCCUUUUCCAACCUACCUCCUAUCAAAGGGUGCAUCCAAGCAUCCAUGGUCCUACGGGACGGCGCCUUCGCCGGACUCACCUUCAACGACUGGCAAGAAGCCAUCAGACCCAAAGUCCAAGGUUCCUGGAACCUGCACACAGUCCUACCACACAACAUGGACUUCUUCAUUAUGCUCUCCUCCGUCGCCGGCAUCUUCGGCAACCGCGGACAAUCCAACUACGCCGCAGGCAACACCUUCCAAGACGCACUAGCCGCAUACCGCGUGUCGAAAGGGAUGCAAGCAGCCAGCAUAAACCUGGGCAGUGUAUCCAACGUCGGGUGGGUAGCCGAGAACCGAAGCUCGAUGCGCACGCACACAGCAACAUUAUUCGAGCUUCUCCGCGAAGAAGAGGUCCACGCAACAGUCGACUUCCUCAUCCGCGACUGUCAGGACGGCGGUAAUGCAUCGUCGCGCUCACAGCUCGUCCUCGGUCUUCCGACUGCGGAGAUGUGUCGUCAGAACGGCGUCCCCCUGCCUACGUACCUGAAUUACUCGAUGUUCACGCACUUCCGUAACACGGUAACGGCGAAGAGUAGCGAGGUUUCUCAGCAGAAGAGUGUUAGUGUUGCGGCGCUUUUGUCGGCGGCGGAUGGAUUUGAGGGUGCUGUGGUUGUUGUGUCGGAUGGGAUUGUUGAGAGACUUGCUUCUUUGCUUGCUAUUCCCUGUUCGGAACUUGAUGCUCAGCGAUUUGGAUUCGGGGGUAUUGACUCGCUUGUUGCUAUGGAGUUCCGUGCGUGGAUUGUUAAGGAGCUUAAGGCUGAGGUUUCUUUGCUUGAUAUUAUGGGAGCGGAGAAUAUUAGGGCUUUGAGUGAGAAGAUUGCAGGCAGGAGUCGUUUGAUUGCAGGAGGGUCUUCUGUGUCUUCUUGA